CAGUCGACUUCUCUAAAGACAACUAAUGAGAUUAGUACACGAUCGUAAAUGGUUUACUUGAAAUUAUGAGAGCUUGGACAGAUACUUAAUUUAUCAGAUCACAUAAUCAGUACUUAGACGAAGCAUGCAUGUCGGUUGUCUCACUCAACCCUAGGAUGAGAAUAAGUGAAAUUAGAAUAAAACAUUCGAUAAAAGAUCUCAAAGCAUAUGAUAAAAUAGCGCUUAGGAAGUUUGAUAGUAAAGAUGCAUGGUUCAUCUCAGACAAGCUCCGUAGUUACGAUUACGAGGGUGCGGACAUAGUGUUUGCAAUCCGUCUGUUUAACGGUUUAGAGCUGGCUUCUGGUGUGAUUGGACAGGUCGCACCACACAACUAUGACUGGUUGAACGCUAAACUAAACACUGUUGCGAAAUAUCACAUGUCCAGUUACCUCUAUGGUCAAACUUUAGUUACUAAACAUCACAGCUUGCCUGAUUAUGCGUUAUCGUCUAGUGAUACUUCCCGCAUUGUUCAAAUUACAGAUUCGUUCGAAAGUGUAAAAGAAUACUUCCGCACAGUACUCAUAGAGGAUAAGGGUUCUACCAUUUCAUGGCAUGAGUUGCAUUCCAAACAGCGGGAAUUUGCCAGGACUGUCAGCGGCAAAACGGUGGAGAUAGCUUCGGAUGCAGUCGAAAGAUUCUUCAGAUCUAUAUUUCCUAACUCUGAGACCAAAGAAGAUGGUAAACGAGGGCUAUACAUUCGCAAUCUACGCCUGAAGGAAUCUCACGAGAAGGUGAAUAUCAGCGCUACUAAAGUCAUGGAUGAGAAGACAGAAAACAAGUUCCCAAAUUAUGCAGCAGAUGGUGGAGCUUUUCCUAUCAAUGUCAGAGGAAUUUCAGGUCCAAUUGGUGCGAUAACAAUAUCAGGAUUACCAAAGAACUUAGUAGACCACGCAUUGGCGUAUAAAGUAAUUUCUGAGUUGUCUGCUCAUCAGUCUAAGAAUAAUUAGCUUGUUGUAUCCAUACAUCCAUAAUGGUUAAAAUU